GCGAUCGAUGUUGUAAAAAGAAUACCACCCAGUGAUGUGUACAUUUUUGAAUCCACCGAACCAUUGAGUCCAACUAGGCAAGUAGCGACUGUUUCUUCGUUCCAUCAACAGAUUGCACUGACAUCAAUGUUACUGGCUCUACUGAAUACUAGUAUGAAUCACAAUGCAUCACUGAGAAAUGUGGGGAAAGAUAACACUGUUCAAAGCAUUGCUAAAAAUAGAGUUUUUUUCUUGAAACCAAAACUACCUGCUAGGUUAUUUGAAACCUUGAUAGGGAAGGAAAAGGUUUCUACUUUGUCUGUAGUCAACGAAUUAAUGCAAAAUGAUGGUGGACUUGAAUGGAAACUUAAAUGCGAACCAAUCACAGUUGAAGAAGCAUUGAAAAAUUCUUUCAGUUCAUAUUCAUCUUCGAAUAAAGAGUUGAUGGGACAAGCUCUAUUAUUAGUUGUUAGCUUCAUGAAUUUAUGUGUGUUGAAGAAUCCUAAGAGCUUGAAAGCUGUGAAUUACAAUAAAACUGUUAGAUAAACAAGA